AUGAAUGACGAAGACAUUUCGACACUCUUAUGGCGGUUAGAAAAUGGAGAGGUAUCAGAAGAUGAAAGUGAUCUAGACGAGGAUGCCUUAGACUAUUAUGAUAAUGUCGGUGAGUUGCAAGCAGAUCUUGAAAGAGAGAACCAAAUACUAGAAGAAAUAUUGACCGAAAAUGAUGGGACAGCCCCUGAUCCUCCACUAAUAUUUGAUGAACUAGUAGAAAACCAGCCCCAUUCCAACGCCACUCCUAGUUUACGGGAUUUGAUAUGGAAAAAGAAGAAUUUGGAUUUGGUGGAUCAGGCUUUUACAUUUCUUGGAUGUACAGUUCAAAGAAACAGAUUAGGAAAAACCUGUAAGCUACCAAAAAAGGAAGAUGUACAGAAAACAUCUGUACCAAGGGGUUCGUACGACGAGAAUGUUGCUUCUCUUGAUGGUGUUGAGUUUGCAGCGACUAGCUGGAAGGAUAACAAACAGGUCUUGCUGUUAUCUACGUAUGUAGGUGCAAAUCCUGUGGGUACUAUUAGCCGCUAUGACAAGAAGCAGAAAAAAAACAUAUCAAUACCAUGUCCGAAAGUAAUUGAAGAAUAUAAUGCACAUAUGGGGGGUGUGGACACAAUGGAUAGUUAUUUAGGGCGAUAUAGGAUCCGAAUGAAGUCCAAGAAGUGGACCAAUAGACUAUUCCAACAUAUGCUGGACAUGGCGGUAAUAAACAGCUGGAUUUUAUACAAGAAAGUUUCACUGAAAAAGAAAACAAAUCCAAAAAACAUUUUAAAACUUGUUGAUUUUCGGACGGAGCUAGCUGAAACUUUGUGCAAGUAUGGGGCCGUAUCUGAAAAUAAAAGAGGCAGACCCAGCAUGAAUAGACAGGAAAAUACGUCAAAAAAAGAGACCAAAGAUUGGUGCACAGACAUUACCACCAAACGACGUCCGUACUGA